AUGGACUUUCAGAAUAUGUAUUCCAAGAUGGAACCUCACAGGCUGGUUCCAAGUAUGAUGGAGGAACGGGGACUGAAGAGUAGAAAUGCCCUUAUCAUCCUGGAGAUGCUGAUGGUCUUCUCUUGCAUUGUAGUUCUCUCUUUGCAGUGUUACACCUGCAGUGAACCCAUGGAUGUUGGUCUCUGCAUCACCAUCACCAACUGCACCAUGGAGGCAACGGCUUGCAAAACAACAGUGCACUCAGUGGAUUCAGUUCACAAAUCUUGCUCCAAAAAAUGUGUGCCCUCUGAGCCGGACGAAAUUGGCGAGAGUCACCCCGACUACUGCUGUUACACGGAUUUGUGCAACGUGGGAGCAGGACAGGCAGCCACCACUGAGUUUGGGGCCAUGAGCUUUACCGCCUCCCUCGCCUUGUCCCUCCUCUGGCUCCAAGGCUGA